GAGGAGUUGGAUGGGGGUGAUGUCCCUGUCCCUGCCAGCCCCACCAGUCUUGCAGAUGGAAGUGAACUCGAGACUAUGUUCGGUCCGUGGGCGAUGGAGACUGGGGGCAUUGCCGAGAACCAGGGUGGAGGUGGAAAACGCAGGAGGCCUGGAGUGGAGAGACGACCUGGUGAAGGAGGAGGUGAACCUAGCUCGUCGGGUGGUGGUGGUAUGUCCACAGAGGAACUCAGAGCCCUUCUCGGUCAACAUCUGCAAGAAAUGAAAGCCGCCUGGGGGAACAUUGAGUCCCGAGUUCAGCAUGUUGAAGGAGUCGUUAAGAAUCAGGGCAAAGAACUCAAGGCGGUGCACCAAAGGCAGAAACAAAGUGAUCAGCGGGUGACAGGAGUACAGGCCAAAGGGGAUGCCACAGCACGCAAAACUGAGGAGCUCGAGGGUGAGUUGGUUAAGCUGCGGACUCGUGUGGAUGAGAUGGCGGCCAAGUCGGAGUUGGCGGAGAGCAAGAAUGGACCGGACCCGUGGCAGGACUACCUUAAUCACACAAAGGGACGACGUCAUCCUGGCGAAGGCGCUGGUCAAGGAAUUCAACAUCCUGGGGAAGAUCGCCGACACGAGCUCAGCGACGAGGACAAGAACUCCCUGAUCCUGGGUGGAUGGCUACCGGACACCAAGCGGGCAAUCAUACAGAAUGAGGCGGAAGCCAUUCUUAAAAGCGAGACCUUCGUGAACCUGGUUGACUCCACCUCCCUGGUGGUGUUUGGCCCCCGACGAAGUUUCGGACUCUUGCGAUUCAAACAACGAGAUCAAGAAACCUCGGUAGCCCUACGAGCCCGAAUGUGGGAGGUCAUCACCAAAAUCCGGCACAACAAGAUAGCCCUGGACAGCACUCGGGGUGAGGUUGGUGAUGGCAAAAUUGUUUGGGCGUCCUUCAUGAAAACCCCCGAAGCCCGGAAGAGGUCGGCAAUGUGUUCCUUGGCAAGAAGAGUGGUGAUGCGGCUUGCUGCCAUUGGAAAGAAGGAAGAUGGAGAGACGUUCAAUGCCGAAGCGCUCACACCAGAAGGGUACGACGUGGACUGGGGAACAGGCACGAUUUGGCAUGGCCCACUUAAGCUGGCAAGUGCCACGCACCGAAAAGAUGCAGAUCGACCUGAUGAUUUCUUCCAGCUCAACCAAGGGUGGGUAGAUGUUCGUGCGGUAACUUCUCUCACCGGAGUCGACUGGGCGGAGGCCGUCUCGGCCUUCCAAAGAACUGCCAGCUCCCUCCGAAUCUCCAGCUGGAACUUGGGUGGUCAGACCGUGGAUAAACUUGCCCUGGUUGAACCGACCACCGACAUCUUCCUAACACAGGAAGUGGCAAGGGGAGAUCUUGGAUGGACCGAACAGGAAAGUGACACACAUUUUUGGAUUGCCCACCGUUGCAAAGACCAAUGGCGCGGCACUGCGAUAGGUAUUUCAUACGAAGUCUUUGACUCAGUGAUCUCCAAGAAGGCCACCACGCGCGGGAUCGCGGUGCUUGUUAAGUUGAAAGGACGAGGCAAUGUGCUUCUGGGGACCAUGCAUGGACACACGGGGGUCACUAAUAAGGUUUACCAAGAAGCUGCUGCUCAGUUUCUCACUUCGUUCCGGGGAAAAUGGAGGGCGCAUCCCUGCAUCUUGGGAAUCGACGUCAAUGAAAGCAUUCGCUGGGGUGGCGAUGACCAAGACGGUCCAAGCGAGAUCCUAGCCGGCAGUGCCAACCUCAACUACCUCUGUGAUCAACUUGCGGGGGCGGGUUUGCGACCUGUCUCCCCCAGGGUGGAUGACCGCAACAAACCCACUCACUUCCCGAGGGAUGAGCGCAGAGAGGGGCGUCACAUUGAUGCCAUCUGGUGUCGCCAACUUCCUGUGGGUGAAGUCCAAGUGGAUGCUCAGGCACGCCAUAAAAUUGGGACCGACCAUGCCAUUCUUCAUACUCGCGUGUUCCUACAACACACCAAAGGGAGAUGGCGCACGCCCUCCAAGGCACGCUUUGUCGUUGAUACCCUGCCUGACACCCAGCUUGUGGACGUCGAUGACAUUGUGACACUUGCCAUGCAGUGCACCAGAAGUGUUCGCGGGGUGAAAUACUGUAUGAGGACCCUCCUGAAGUUAAAGAUGCCAUCAAGGAAGCUCGACAACUUGGGGACAAACCAGCAUGGAGACAGGUUCAUCGUCUGA